UUUACUUCAGAAGCACCUCUUUGAUGGUGAAUGAUUACAGCUUGCCACCUAAUGCUGCAGGAGACAAUGAUGUGGACCCGGAGGAAACAUCAGACAUGGCAGAAGAAAUCAUGAAUCUGGAUGAUACAGAUGUGAAAACUUUUCAUGAUUGUAGCAUUCAAACAGAUCCAGAUCCAGUGUAUAAAGAAUGUGAACAGCUUGGAAAGGAACUAGAGAAAUGCCAGAAAGACUUGCAUAAUGCCCGGUGGAAUGUAAAUAACAUCAAAGAUGAUGACGAGAAAACCAAUUUCUACACAGGGUUACCAACAUUUGCUGUGUUCCUUUGGCUGUUUAACUUUUUGAGACCAAAGGCAGAGAAAAUGGUUUACUGGGCUGGCCCUGCCAAGACAGUGUACCAGGAAAGGAAGAGAGCAAGCACUGGUUCACUGACCCUCAUGGACAAAUUAUUUUCAGUGCUUGCAAGGUUAAGACUGGGUUUGUUUACAUAGAAUAUUGCCAAUAGGGUUGGAGUCUCAGUAGGAACAUAUUCUAAAUACUUUACAACUUGGAUUUGUCUUUUACAUGAGGAACUUAAGAUGCUAAAUCACUUCCCAUCUAGAGAACUUGUUGACCUUACGAUGCCAGAAAAUUUCAAGAAAAAAUAUCCCUCUGUCCGUGUCAUUUUAGAUUGUACCGAAAUUUUUGUCCAGAGAUCUAGCAGCUUAGUUAACCAGAAUGCAACAUUUUCAAAUUACAAACACCAUACAACCUUUAAGUUCCUUAUUGGCAUUACUCCUUCAGGUGUAAUCUCUUUUGUAUCAGAAGGAUGGAGUGGUCGUGUACCUGAUAAACAGAUAAUUAUUGAAACAAAAGUAGGAAUCGAAAUCAAUUUAUCCCAUUCUGUCUGUGGAGACAGUUUGUUGCACCCUUUAGAUCCCCCGGAUUACGUGAUUAAUUAGGGUAUAAAAGCAGCGACAUCAGAGCUCUUAGUCUGUUCCAGACUGAAGUCGACCAGAGUUAGUCCUGUGUACAGCUUAGGUGAGAAAUCAAACUUGGUUAACAAGUCUUACGUGCCUAUAUAAGGCUUUCGAGACCUUGUUGUUUUUAUUACGAAAGGUGUGAAUGCUAUUUCACUUAGUUAGGAAGCACACGCGCUCCAGGACUGAAUAGGAUAUUUGUACAUAUUUUUAAUUAAAAUACUUGA